UCUCCGAGGCUGUGGAUAGCGGUGAUAAAAUUUGCCUCUCUCAUUGCGUUACACGCACUGACUCUGCCGACAAGUUAUCAGCCUAUUGCCCGUUUAUCAAACUGCCUGCAGGAGAAACAGUCCUUUUAAAACUCCACGUUUGUGAGGUAUAGUUUUGUUCUGGUUUCGUGAGAUUAGCGACCUGACAGAACGCCGCGUGUUUGGUUUAUUUGAAUAUAUUCUAUUAAUCGACUGCCAGAUGAUGACGUACGAAGGUAUUUGGAUGGCUUUUCUGGGGGAGGUUUAUAAGUAGGCGAUUCCAACUUUCAGCGCGACAGAUUUGGUGAAUUUUGAUCUAAAGCGUUUCAUUCGCAGUAUUUCACGAAUAGCGUUUCCCUUCAACUGCAUUCCAGAGGUUAAUGUAAUGGUUUGUUUUACAUUUUCUAUCUAUAAAUUUUACGAAAAAGCGAGGCAGUCGAUGCAAGUAAUCGAAUUCAGACAUUCAUAAAAGGAGCGAGAAGUGUGGCUGUUGAACUUGUGUCAGUGUAAGGUAUCUAAACCAUGGGGACGGAGCCCAAGAGCCCAGAUUCAAGUGAAUCAGAAGCUUCGGAGGAUCAGGAGCUGGUGGUGAACAUCGGCGGAGUCCGUCACCUACUUUACGGGUAUGUUGUGAACCGUUACCCGGAGAGCCGGUUGGCAGAACUCCUUCGCUGCAGUGGGUACGAGGCCAUCUCCUCCCUCUGCGACGACUACGACCCAAGUAAGAGAGAGUUCUACUUCGACCGAGAUCCAGAUUCCUUUAAGUGUGUGAUGGAAGUGUACUAUUUCGGAGAAAUACACAUAAAGAAGGGCAUUUGCCCUAUUUGUUUCAAAAACGAGCUGGACUUCUGGAAGAUCGACGUGGACUUUUUGGAUGAGUGUUGCAAAUGCUUGCUGGGCGAGAAGAACGACGAGCUGGAAGAAAUCGCCAAGCAAGUGCAGAUUAUCCUGGCCGACAGGGGGGUAUCGGCGGAUACCUGUUGGGGCAAAACUCAGAAGUUCCUCUGGAAACUGAUGGAAAAGCCCGACUCGUCCUGUCCGGCCAGGGUGAUUGCCGUCUUGUCUUUCCUGUUUAUUCUGAUCUCUUCCGUGGUCAUGUGCCUGAGCACCAUUCCCGAGCUCCAAGUGCUGGACGAGGAGGGGAGCCUGGUGGAGCAUCCGGCCCUUGAUUCUAUCGAGACGGCAUGCAUCGGCUGGUUCACAGCCGAGUAUAUCCUCCGGCUCCUCGCAGCGCCCAACAAGCUGAAAUUUGCACUUGCUUUCAUGAACAUCAUAGAUGUGCUGGCCAUUCUGCCUUUCUACGUCAGCCUGAUCCUCACCACAGUCGGGGCAACCCUGAUGGAGCUGACGAACGUGCAGCAAGCCAUCCAAGCUCUCCGGAUCAUGCGGAUAGCGCGGAUUUUUAAACUGGCUCGACACUCCAGCGGUCUGCAGACCCUCACCUACGCGCUGAAGAGAAGCUUUAAGGAGCUGGGCCUAUUGCUUAUGUACUUGGCUAUUGGUAUUUUCGUGUUCUCGGCUUUAGGCUUCACCAUGGAACAGAGCCACCCCGAAACGCUUUUCAAAAGCAUACCGCAGUCGUUCUGGUGGGCUAUCAUCACAAUGACUACCGUUGGGUACGGGGAUAUUUACCCAAAGACAACUCUGGGGAAGCUCAACGCGGCCAUCAGCUUUCUCUGCGGCAUCAUAGCUAUUGCCUUGCCUAUUCAUCCCAUUAUUAAUAACUUUGUCAGGUAUUAUAACAAGCAGAAAGUGUUAGAAACAGCUGCAAAACACGAGCUUGAACUAAUGGAAUUGAAUGCCAAGGCCAGAGAUUCCGAGGAUCCCAGGCAUCAACAUGUGGAUAUUGUGAUUACCAAAACCAGUAACCUCUCGCUCAGUAAGAGUAUUCUGAACACGUACACUGAUACUUUUAUUCCACUCUUAUCAGAGGAAAAACUGCAUCGAAACAGACUUCAGAGCUGUAAAUGAACUGAUAGUUUGCUAUCAAAACAGAUUGGGAAAUGUGCAAUUUUAUUAGGUGCAUCGGAAUGCCAUUCCUGUCGUCUUACCUGUCGCCAAACAUUGAUGCCGCAGACAUUUAUGACUAUGCAUGCUUGAUACAAAAAUAUAAAGGAACAUCCAAUACUGUCAAUGUUAUUUAGAGUUACAAUAAGCUACACCCAUAUAGUGAUUAUUUGGCAUCGAUGAUCAUAUUAAUAUUUUUGACAUUUUAGAAAUGUUUGAGUAGUAAAGAGAGAUAGGUAUGAUUUAUGGGGUAUUUAUAAAGUAACAUCUGAUUUUAAUUAAAUAAAUGGCGUAUUGGAUCCUUGCAUAGUUACAUAAUGCUGGACAAAGAAUAUUCCCAAGUAAAAACUUGAUAACAAAUCUAUUGGAAGUGGUUUAACACUGUGACUUACAUUUACAGGUUUUCAAAACAAAUUAUGUGCAAACUGUAUCACGACCUCUUGAUAAAGUAUAAGUAUCACCUCUAUCACGGGCACAGGGGCAACAUGAGAAAAUUUUGGUAAUAGUUGAUCAUGAUCAUUGUCAUAUGUUAUAAAUAAUUUUGAAAAUUCAUAAAUAAAUAUCUUUAAUACUGUAUCAAACAUGCUACAUGAAAGGGAACAGAAUAAAAAUAAUGGAACUAAAAAUCAAACCAGAAUAUAUUAUAUACAGGUAUAUGUUUGCCUGGUAGGUCAGCUGAGACCUGUAAUGAUAAAGUUACUGAUAACUUUAUCUGUGGCAUUGGAUCAGAAUAAAGAGUACCAUAUUGCAGGAAAAAGGAGCAACACAAGCAUAUGUAACUUGGUUUAGAAAAAAAAGUACUUCAGGAUGUAUAUUGUAUAUAUUUCUCUGACAUUAAAUUGACCUUUGAACCUUUGAAUUUUUAAUAUUAUUUAAAAAUCCAAACCAAGAGCAAAUUAUUUAAACUUCAUGCAAUGGACUCACUGUGAGACAAAUACCAAAAUAAUUUACUUUUAUUAGAGUCGAUUUUAAUACAUUUAUAGAAAGUAAGACCAUAACUAUUGGGAUGAUAUAAUUUACCUGGGAUAAGAAGCACAAAACUACAAUGUUUUGCCAACAAGAACACUAAUUUCAGAAUUACUCUAUUAACCAGAAAAGUAAAGUAUAUGUGCACAUAUCUCAGUGGUAUAAUUAUUGUUUUAUAAGAAUAAAGUUCUACAAUUUUCAUUAAUUUUGAGAACCACUUAACAAUUACUAAUCAUCCACUACUGGAAAUAAUGUCCCAAUCCCAAUCAAUAUGUUCUGACAAAUAUUUCCCAUGUUAUAUACCUUCGAAUGUACAUUAGGUCUGUUGUACAGUGGUUAUAUUCUUUUUAUGUGAACUACUUUUGUCAUUGUGCAGUUCUUAUUGACAGAAACCUGUAUUAAUAUUUCCUGCUUGAUUUUGUUAACUGUACAAUUUUUGUAUAUUCAAUUAUUCAAAAGUUCUUAAAAUACCAUCAUUGCUUGAAAUCAUGCUUUACAAUUAUAAUGUAUUUGGAAAUAUGGGAAUAUGGUCCAAAUAUAACAGAUGUAUCUAGCAUACUAUGUAUUAAACCUUAAAACUAUGCAUAUCAGAUUUAUAAAAUAAAUGUCUUAUGUAAUCUGCCACAUUGCACUGCCAUCACUGAGAUGGUAAAUGUACAUAGACAAUG